AUGCUCGUCAACUCGCUGAUUAUCAAUUCGCCCACUUCACCGAGCACAUCUUUGAAGUCGUAUUUACCUACACAUAACUCACCAUUGAAACAGAAUUCUACCGACGACUCCGAUGAUGAUCGAGCACUAGGUCUCCAUUCAGAUGAAAUCGAAACCAACAUGAAUGUAUGGCAUGACCGACUCGCUAAAAGUUUGAUUUCUCUGCAUAACGAUACACAUGUGAUUAUAUCAAGAUUCGAUGAAUUAUCUGCGAAAAACUUCGGAAGUCAAUCUGAACGUCAACAAAUUCAAUACGAACUCAUGAGAAUCGCACUGUUGCUAAAUCCAUCGGAAUUGCGAACAUUUCAGGAACAUGAAUCAAUUAGUUCGUACGCGGAUUUGACACAAAUUGAUGAACAGUAUAGUGACAGUAAAGAUACAAGACAGCAGAAACUUCGUCUAAGAGUUGAACAGAUCGUUACAAAAUUGAAAUGCGGAAUGGAUAAACUCCGAGUGGUUUUAUUCAAUCCGUUUUUCCAAAAUCAAUCUUUGCGAUAUGCUCAUAAAUAUCGUAAACGAAUGGCUAGUUGUCUCUUGGACAUCCGCGAAUGUUUGAUUGCGUACAAUCGAAUAGAUCAAAAUUCUGACAGAGAAAAGCAUGACGAGAACGAAUUGGCAAAACAUAAGAAAACUGUGAAUCUUGCCAUUGAACAAACAGUCAUUCGGAAUUCAUUGAUAGAACAACGUCUUACUGCUUAUAAACAUAAACUACAUUCAAGCAAGUCCGUAACAUCAGAUGAGUUCAUAUCAUCGCCUGUCACAUCAAUGCAAUCGAAAUUGUAUGAAAGAUUGUCAUCGAAUGAGCAGAAUAAAUAUAAUGAAGAAUCUUCUGUUAAACCAGCAGAUUUUCCUGACUUGAACUAUGAAGCAAACGAAUUCUUCAAUGCAGAAUUUUCAGCGAUUUCGGAUAUUGAGUUUGAGGAUACCAAAUAA